AACUCAACUCAAUUAUAUAUGGGGAUUAAAUAGAGAUGGCUUACCGGCUCUCCUGUGGUGUGUUCCCCUCGCAUGGGGAAAUCGAGGCGUGCAUGUAGCACGUAGAGCGUCGAGGAAUUCGGAUAGGCGGAUAGGCCUAGCCCCUGUGUGCAAGACAUUGUGGGGCGUGCCCAUUCCAUUUUACGAUUUUAUUCCUAUUUCCAGCUAUAACAGAGUAUUGCUGGAAAUUUGACUGAUAUAAAGGGAAAAAGGAUGUAAAGUUUAUAAGAGUUCUAGCUUGUCGCCAUUAGAAAAAGAUUAGUGAAGGUGGGAUGGUUUAUACCUAUCGAUAAAGCUAUCGAUAGCCCCUCAGUGGACAUAGCCUAGAGCGUCCCGCCAGACCCGCUAUAGCUCCCUGCCAGCCCGUCAUCCGAAAUCGCUGUAAAGUCGCUAGAGACCUAGAGCGUUUAUUUUUUAGAUUCCCACUAUCGUCAGCGACUUGAUCAAGCUACCCACGUGCUCAACCCCAAGCAAACUAGAGGCAAUAUUCCGACUGCGCUCCUGGCGAUGGCCUUGAGUCCACUACUCGCAAUCCGUACCUAAGCUCUCGAACGGGAGUUUAAACCUCCAAUCAUCCCGACAAACCUAACACCCACCCACAAUGGCCCCCCAACCACCGCAACCACCCUUCGCAACAGCCCUCCUAGCCGGCGGCAUAGCCGGCACCACAGUCGACCUCUCCCUCUUCCCCCUCGACACCCUAAAAACCCGUCUCCAAUCGCGCGAAGGUUUUUUCCCCUCAGGCGGUUUCCGAGGUAUAUACCGAGGCGUAGGCUCCGCACUCGUCGGCUCAGCACCCGGCGCUGCGUUUUUCUUCUGCACGUAUGAGGGCGUUAAGGGGGUUUUAUCUACGAGGCGGUUACAGCGGGAGCAGGAACAACGAUGGAUAAAUGGGGGUGGGGUUGGUUUGGAAAGAGAUCCCGUUCAUGGGAUGAAAAAAACUUUGGAAGUAGGGAAUUCUUGGGCAGCGCCGCUGGAACAUAUGCUCGCUGCGAGUCUGGGUGAAGUCGCGGCUUGUGCUGUGCGUGUGCCGACUGAGGUUGUUAAACAGCGCGCGCAAGCUGGGUUACAUGGGGGUUCUAGUGCUGCGGCUUUAAGCGCGAUACUCUCGCAGUACAAAACCGUAGGACUGGGAGGCGUGUGGCGCGAGCUCUAUCGAGGUUGGGGUAUAACGGUAAUGCGCGAGGUGCCGUUUACUGUGAUACAAUUCCCGCUCUGGGAAGCUUUGAAGGGCUGGGGUAGGCGGCGGAAGAUGUUAAGCGGGACGAGUAGUAGGGGUGGUUCGGCUGAGGUUAGUGCUGGUGAAAGUGCGCUUUAUGGAAGUGUGUCGGGCGCUGUGGCCGCGGGGAUUACGACACCACUAGACGUGUUAAAAACACGGGUUAUGCUAUCUAAGGAGCGAGAAAAGGUUUUUACGAUUCUAAGAGACCUAUUGAGCAACCACGGAAUACGGCCGUUUUUUGCUGGCAUAGGCCCUCGUGUCAUGUGGAUUAGUGCCGGAGGAGCAAUAUUCCUCGGAAGCUAUCAAUGGGCUGUAAAUGCGUUACAAGGAAAUGCCAUAUGACACUCACAUAUCCGACAAACUUAAAACAAACAAAUGCGAGGAGAUCGAGGCCAGAUGGCACUCGCUGUAUAUAUAACGAAGGGGAU